AUGCCUUUGGUUGUGCCAUCCGCUACACCGAGAGUCAUCCUCGGCUUGAUGACCUUUGGGCCAGAUGAGUCCCAAGGUGCUCGCAUCACGUCCCUCGACGACUUUAACAAGUGCUUGGAUCAUCUCCAGCAGCAAGGUUUUAACGAGGUUGAUACUGCGCGCAUCUACGUGGGAGGAAAGCAAGAGGCUUUUACAGCCCAGGCCAAGUGGAAGGAACGUGGACUGACUCUAGCGACGAAAUGGUACCCCCAUACCCCCGGUGCACACAAACCCGACGUUCUUCGUGAGAACCUCGAGCUUUCUUUAAAGGAACUACAAACGGACCAAGUGGACAUCUUUUACCUGCACGCGGCGGAUCGAUCUGUGCCGUUUGCAGAGACUCUCGAAGCCGUCAAUGAGCUGCACAAGGAGGGAAAAUUCGUGCAGUUGGGGUUGAGCAAUUACACUGCUUUUGAAGUUGCGGAGAUAGUUACACUCUGCAACGAGAGAGGUUGGGUUCGACCCACAAUCUACCAGGCGAUGUAUAAUGCAAUCACGCGCAACAUCGAAACCGAGCUUAUCCCCGCCUGCAAGCGCUACGGAAUUGACAUCGUGGUCUAUAAUCCUCUCGCUGGUGGUCUGUUCUCUGGCAAAUACAAGACUAAGGACAUUCCUGCGGAAGGAAGAUAUAGUGAUCAGUCUUCAACUGGAACCUUGUACCGGCGACGUUAUUUCAAGGACGCGACAUUCGACGCUCUGCGACUGAUCGAGCCUGUUGCCGAAAAGCAUGGCCUAACCAUGCCUGAGAUUGCGUUCCGCUGGAUCCAUCACCACUCCGCGCUCAACAUGAAGGAUAAUGGCCGCGAUGGUGUCAUUGUUGGCGUGAGCAGCCUCGCACAGUUGGAAAACAACCUCAAGGAUAUCCAGAAGGGCCCUUUGCCUCAGGAAGUCGUCGACGUAUUGGACCAAGCCUGGUUGAUUGCGAAGCCGACCGCUCCAAACUACUGGCAUCUCGACUUGAAAUACACGUAUGAUACCCAAGCGGCCUUGUUCAAGCCUAAAACGAAGGUGUAG